AUGUUUUAUUUUAUCAGAUCACUUAAAUCAACAAGACAAGCCGAAAUGGAAGACUUAGAACGGGCCUCAAAAACUGAAUGUUCUUCAUCAAGUGAAAGCACACAAUCUACUACUGCUUAUGAAACCAGUGAGGAAGAAAGCAAAAGAGAAAACAGAUAUUCUGGUCCUUGCAAGAAUUUUUUUCAAAGAUUUCUCAAGAAUAUUGGGGAGCUUCUUAUGGAAAAUGAAGAACCCCCUUUAAUUUUCCCUCCACUGUCAAAGCCUUCAAUGGUUCCAAUUGUCACUCAUGGGCAUCUUCAUAUAAAAGAACACAUGGAAAAAAUUCAAAACUUUCAAAAUGGUGAAAGCUGUACUAGCAGUUCAAUUUCAUUACCUAAUAGUCCACAUUCUUUUGAUGUUAAAGAGAUGGAAGAAUCCACAAUUUCUUCCUCUCAAAAUGGUUCUUCAAGCAUUAUUUCAGUUAAUACCGAAAAGCCUUUGGUGUUGAGUAAAAGGGACCGACAACUACUUUUGCUUAAAGAAUACAAGCGAAAAAACGACCAAAAUAAUACACUUUUUUACAAAAAUGAGGAUUUGAUUCACAAAUACAUAAGUGAGUCCCAGUUUCAUGUCACAUUUGACCCUGCUCAUGACCCAGAGUAUCCUAGAAAUUGGGACUGGAAAAUUAAAAUUCGUGGUACCUUAAUUUUUGCUGUUGCAGCCAUGCUUGCCCAGCUUGGAAGUGCUGUUAUCGCAUCGAUUGCUACUGAUUUACAAAAGGAAUUUGGUGUGCGCAGCAUUUUAACUUCUUUGGCUAGCACUAUUUACUUUCUGGGUAUGGCUUUCGGUCCUCUAUUUUUGGCUCCUCUUUCUGAGCUUUGGGGUCGGAAGCUGGCUGUAGCAUUACCGUUUGCUCUUGGCUCUUUGGUUACGAUUUUAACUGGACAUGCGCGAAACUUUGCUGUUUUGUUGGUUUGCCGAUUCUUUGCUGGUCUUUUAGCCUCUGCUCCAAUUGUUAUUUCUGGAGGUGCAAUUUCUGAUCUCUGGUACCCUGGUCAACGUGCAACUUUUUUGACCAUCAACUCUCUAGCAAUUGUCCUUGGUCCUACAACGGCUUAUCUUUAUGGAACUAUAAUUAAAAAGGCUACUUCUUGGAGAUGGGUUGUCUGCAUUCAUGCUUUUCUUUCUGCUCUGAUUGUUUUAUUCAUUAUUCUUGGUGUUCGUGAAACCUACCAUCCUGUUUUGUUACAACGCAAGGCUAAAUACUUACGUUUAAAGACUCAAAAUUGGCUUUACCACUCCGAUCAUGAUUCCCUUGAGCUGAAUGCAAAAGAAAUUUUGAGAGUCCAUCUUCUUCGACCUAUUUGUCUUUUGUCUACUCCAAUCGUUUUAGUUGUCUGUAUAUUCAAUGGGUUUUCUUUUGGUCUAUACUACAUGAUUUCUAUGUAUGUUCCUAAAAGUUUUCAAGAAGAACGAAAUUGGGAUGCCAUAAGUAGUUCAUUCCCACCAUUAGCAAUUUUUAUCGGGGCAAACUGUGGUGCAGUUAUUCAUUUAAUUGUUGGAGGCCUGAAUAGAAGAAAAUUAAAAAAAGCUGGUGGAGAAUGUACUCCUGAGGCUCGUCUUUUAGUUCCUCUUCUAAUUGGAUGGUUUAUGCCUUUUGGUAUGAUUCUCUUUGGAUGGUCGAUGACUGAAAAUCUUCAUUGGGCAGUUUCAUGCUUAGGUCUUAUGUUUGUGGGAGCAGGGUUUUUUGUCAUUCUGCAAGGAAGCCUUAACUAUCUAUGUGAUGCCUUUCCAAAAUAUUCAGCAUCAUGCAUCGCAGCAAAUGCAUUUAUGAGAUCGCUAUUUGCUUGUGGCAUUCCGUUAGUAGCACCUUUUCUUUUUGAACAGCUUGGUUUAGGAUGGGGGGCUACAACACUUGGGUUUAUUGGAUUUCUUAUGACUAUAUUUGUCUUUUACAUUUUUAAAUAUGGAGCAAAAAUACGAACCAAAGAAAGUCUUUUAACCCAUGAUUGUUAG